CGAGAGAGAUGGUUUGCAUUCACCGGCUCAACAUAUGAGUGAGCUGUGUUAAAUGCUUCCACACUGCUAACGGCUGUAGCACAAGUGACUCGAAUGAACGAUGUGCUUUAGUAUGCAGUAUUUCGCCAUUAUAUUCAUUGCAGAUGGUCACAUUGCAGCGAACAGCUGUUUAGCAAUCGCGAUAACAUUGGCGUCUCUCUCUAUAUUUUCCCAAACAAAACGUAAUUUCAAGUAAAACAUUACAAAUAACAUUAAAAUUAAAGCAUGGCAGAUGCCAAUGCAAUGGCAGCCGGCAAAGUGCCGGCUACCGAAAAGCGAGUGCAUAAUAUCUCUGACCUCGCUCAAUGGCAACGCUCGCGCGCAUAUCAUGAUUUGAUAGGGUAUAUCAAUGGCACCAGUUCGGCUAUACAGGGUAUCAAAACGACCGAUGAGAUGUACGAAUCGGAUGUGCUGCGCAAGUUAUUAGGCUUAUUCGAUUCAUUGGAGCAACUAGUCGAGAAGCAUCCCCCGCUGGAGCAGCCACAGAGAUUCGGCAAUAAAGCCUAUAGAGAUUGGUCCCGCUCGAUGCAGGAGCAGCUGCCCACGUGGCUGCUCCAAUUGCUGCCGUCCGGCAAACAGAAGCAUCUCAACGAAUUGCUGCAAUAUCUGCUCGAGAGCUUUGGCAAUGCUACGCGCAUCGAUUAUGGUACUGGGCACGAGCUCUCCUUUGUCUUCUUCCUAUGUGCUCUAUUCAAAGCUGAGAUAUUGUUGGAACAGGAUAUUGUCAGCGCUGCUCUGCGACUUUUUAAUCGUUAUUUGCAGUUCGCGCGGCAACUGCAACGCAAUUAUAAUAUGGAGCCAGCUGGCAGUCAAGGCGUUUGGUCGCUAGAUGACUACCAGUUUGUUCCCUUUAUUUGGGGCAGUGCCCAACUGGCUGUCAAAAGUCCCUUUGAUCCAGCCAAAUUUGUAGAAGAGCAAAUCAUAGCCGAUUUCAAGGAGCAAUAUAUGUUCAUCAGCUGCAUUGAUUACAUCUGCAAGGUGAAGACGGGUCAUUUUGGCGAGCACUCGAAUCAGCUAUGGAGCAUUACGGCGGUACCUUCUUGGAUCAAGAUCAAUGCAGGCCUGGUCAAGAUGUACCAAAAGGAGAUCCUCUCCAAAUUCCCCGUUAUACAACACGUUUACUUUGGCGAAUUGAUGUCCUUCGAUUCGGUUGCAGCCGGCACAACUUUGAGCAACGCGCGCUUGGGUCACGUGGCACCGCCGCCUUCGAAACGGAUUUGCAUGACGGUGCCGACGCCAGUGAACCUUCCGCCUCCGCCUGCAGAGGCCUUGAACAGCGACCUCAACGUGGGCGAUUCGAGCAGCGAGAGCAGCGACAACAGCGUCGUCCUUCGUCCACGCACAGAGUCCUCCGCCUCGUUGGUGGCCGUGCAAACCUCCAAUUCGGGUAGUGGCUCGGGCGAUAAGCCCACCACCAAUCAGCCAUCUGGAGAGCUGUCCAAGGAGCAGGCGGAUUAGUUGUUAAAAGUGUAUCGGAAAGAUUUUCAUUCGUUUUGUUAUCGAAAAUAUGCGAAAUUCUAUUAAAAUUCUUAAAGCAAUUGGAAAGGAAAUUAAAGUUUGGCAUGUAUUGUGUCAUGCUAAGUGGCAGCGACAGUUACAGUUUGAUGUAUAUUGCGAUUGCUUUGAGGUUGCUAUUGGUUUGACAAGCAUUCCGAUUGUAUUUUCACUACAUAUUUUGUA